UCCUCCUCGUAUUCGUCUAUUCCACCUCCUUCCUCACUCACUCCGUUGUCGGGAGUACCUGUCUCUAUUGUUGCGAGUGAAGCCACUGAGGAGGCCUCCUUAUUCUUCACGUUGGGAAAGUGGUUUUCAGUCUUGAAAUAUUUACAGCUGUGACGAGAAACAGAGCUCAAAAUAAAAUGGCAAAGGAGAAGGAAGUGAAGAAGGAAUCGCCCAAGAAGGAUAAGGAAGUGGGAAAGAAGGACGAUCCGAAGAAGACUGUCAAGAAGGCUUCGGCUCCGUCCACGCCCACCAAGGACGACAAGAAGGACAACAAGGACACAGCAAAAGUGAAGGAACCGGUCAACGCCCCAUCCACUCCAGAUGACAAGAGCAGUCCCAGUAAAAAAAGUUCUACGUCUUCCGAACCAUCAAAAGACGUCAAGGAUCCCAAGGAGGAGAAAGAUUCCGCCAAGGACCUUACCACUCCCAAAGUUGAUGACUCAUCAUCGGCGAAACCUACAUCUGGCGAAGAUGCCAAUGGAAAUGCAAAGGCUCCUGAGGAGCCAUCGGACCCAGCAGAGGCCAGUGAACCUGUUACUGAAAAUGGAAACGGAACAGCUGCUCAAGAGGACCCUGUGGUAGAAAGCCGGUUCAGCGUUGCAGAUCUCCUCAAGCAAUCGGCCAACGACGGCAUGGUCCGAUUGUUUUACUUUGACGGGAGUGGUCGAGCAGAACUUUCUCGACUCAUCAUGGCUCAAGCGGGAAUCCAAUUUGAAGACAUCCGGUUAUCUGCCCAGGAGUGGAGGGAACUCAAGCCAGAAACGCCUUUUGGCCAGGUGCCAAUUCUGACCUUUGAAGGUCAGAUGUUCUGUCAGUCCAUAACAAUCGCUCGCUUUUUGGCCAAACGAGCCGGCCUUUAUGGGGACACGGAAUUGGAACAGACCUAUGCGGACAUGAUUGUCGAUUGUGCUACAGACUUCAACAACAAAUGGGUGGCCGUGUUUCGGGCACAAAGUUGGGACGAACAAGUGUCCUUGGUUCGACUAAACAUUGAGGCCUUUCUUCCAAAAUUCUUCAGAAGCACAGAAGACAUGCUAAGAGCUCGAGGGGGGAAAUAUUUUGCCGGCGAAAAGCUGACCUACGGGGAUAUCUACAUGUUCCACAUUCUGUACUCUUUUUCGGAUCCCGAGGAUCCCUUCUACAAGACCUUGCCACACGCUGAUGAGCGUCUUUAUAUGCUAGAAGAUUAUCCUCUGCUUGUGGACUUGGUCAAUCGAGUCUUAGCUGAGCCAGGGAUCAAGGAAUGGAUUAAAACUAGGCCGGAAGGACUCUUCUAAGACUAGUGGAAAUCGCCACAGGCACCAUGUCAAGAAAAGGUCCCCAAUUGACAGACAAUCUUCGAUUCCACCACCGAGUUAAUGACCAAUGCAUAGUCAAACAUACAAAACACUUACGUCAACAAAAUGUCCAAUCUCAACAAACUAAUCGUACCUACUCACUCAUCAUCUAAUCCCUUAUUUUUUACCACGAGGCCCAUUUGCUAACCUGUUAUUGCAAAAAGACAAACUCAUGGAUCGAUCCCUGAAAAUAAACCCGAAUUAAACCAUGUCUGGAACGAACGAGCUUCCAGAGCAUUUAACGAGA